AUGACAAACAAUUAAAGAGAGUGACUAAAGUCGCUUUAAACGCGCCACACUUUGUAUUUGGCAUUUGUAUAUGUGUUCAUUACUUAUUUCUUUUAUGAUAUAACGCUAGUUUAGUAGAAAUGCAUCCAGCAAGCCUCUAUGAUUAAACUAUAACAAUUUCUCAAUUACUUUUGGAAGUGGAUUGUGUUUAGCAGACUGCUGCCUAGAACCGCUUGGUGAAACUAAGUUAUCAAUGAUAUAAAAAAAAUAAAAUAAAAUACAACGUGAGUAUAUUUAAUAUUAUUCGACCUUUUUCAGUUCUUAUUUGUCACAUUGCAGUUACGGUACACGCUCGUUAAAGGAGAGGCGCUAUUUUAGUUUGGUCUACCCUAUGUCGUGUUGCUCCCUGCCUAGCUACGCGGCCCCUGAUUCUACGGUAAUCGCAGCGCAGCGUUGGGAGCGCUGUUUGGAGCCGAGGUCCGGCGGAGAUGCGGCGGUGCGCAGCGUAGCGUUUAACCGGAGCUUGCCGUGUCGCAUCAGCUGCAGCACCAGCCCACACACACGCACGCCUGUGGGGGGACAUUUCCACAGGCUGCCCACGUCACGGCAUUACAUUAUUAGUCUUCUUGCAGGCUCGGGUUUAUUUAUUUCGUUCAAAAACUGCGGAAGCCGCUUUUCUGUUUGGAAAUCGAGUCUGGCGAAACCAUGCUGGUCCCAGUCUUCACACUGAAGUUAAACCACAAAAUCAACCCUCACAUGGUGACUGUGGGGAAGUAUGAUGGAGUGCACCCCUGCCUCACAGCAGCCACUCAGGCAGGGAAAGUCUUCAUUCACAAUCCACACACGCGUGGCCAGCGGCUUUCAUCCAGUCGCAUUACUCAAAGCACCCAGGACUCGGACAUAUCCCUCCUCAAUAUAAACCAGGCUGUGAGCUGCCUGACCUCGGGAGUGUUCAACCCGUCACACGAGCAUCACUCUCUCCUGGUGGGAACACAGACCGACCUGCUAGCCUACGAUGUGCACAAUAACUCUGACGUCUUUUACAGAGAGGUUGCCGAUGGAGCCAACGCAAUAGUGCUUGGGCAGCUAGGUGGAAUUUCCCCUCCUCUUGCAAUAAUUGGUGGGAACUGUGCCCUCCAGGGCUUCGAUCAUGAGGGAAAUGACCUUUUCUGGACGGUUACUGGAGAUAAUGUCCGCUCAUUAUGUCUUUGUGACUUUACCGGCGAUGGAAACAAUGAGCUUCUAGUUGGUUCAGAAGAUUAUGAUAUUCGAGUUUUUAAGGAAGAUGAAAUGAUGGCAGAAAUGGCAGAAACUGAGACUGUAACCUCUCUUUGCCAUAUGCAUGGCAGCCGGUUUGGGUAUGCUUUAGCCAAUGGCACAGUUGGCGUGUAUGAUAGGACUGCACGUUAUUGGAGGAUAAAGUCCAAAAAUCAAGCGAUGAGUAUCCAUGCAUUCGAUUUGAACUCUGAUGGUGUGUGUGAGCUGAUCACAGGCUGGUCUAAUGGAAAGAUCGAUGCACGCAGUGACCGCACUGGAGAGGUUAUCUUUAAAGAUAACUUCACUUCCUCAGUUGCUGGGGUUGUUCAGGGAGAUUACAGGAUGGAUGGACAAAUCCAGCUUAUCUGCACCUCUGUUGAAGGGGAAGUGCGGGGAUAUUUACCAGCCAGCAAAGAGAUGAAGGGAAAUCUUAUGGAUGCGAGUGUUGAACAAGAUCUGAUUCGAGAGCUCAGUAACCGAAAACAAAACUUACUGCUGGAACUGAGAAACUAUCAGGAAAACUCAAAGGCUGGAACAGGGUCAAAGAAAAAGGAGAAGGAAGGACAAGUGGGAGUUAUUCCUGCGAACACCCAGCUACAGACAGCUCUAUCUGUCAACGCCAGCUCUGAAAAUCAAAAACCUUGCGUAGACCUAACCAUUUCCACAUCAAAUGACACAAUUAUCCGUGCUGUUCUCAUAUUUGCCGAGGGGAUAUUUGAAGGGGAAAGUCACGUCGUACACCCCAGUGCGCAGAACCUUUCAGGCUGCAUUCGAGUCCCCAUCAUUCCUCCGAAAGACGUUCCUGUCGAUUUACACAUCAAAGCCUUCGUGGGCGGAAAAAGCAGUACUCAGUUUCAUGUGUUUGAGCUAACCAGGCAGCUGCCCCGCUUCUCCAUGUAUGCCUUAUGUACCCAAGGGUCUGCUCCCAAACCCAGGGGCAAAGCCACCUUCUCCAUUAACGACCGCCUGCAGAGGGUUGUAAUGUGGUUAAACCAAAAUUUCUUGCUUCCAGAGGAUAUUGAGGUGCCUGACGUCUGUUUCACUUCUCUCCGGGGAGCAGGACAGCUGUGCAUUAAAAUAGAACAAAGUGGGGAGAUUACAGUGAACACAGAUGACAUGGAUCUUGCCGGAGAUGUUAUUCAGUCUCUGUCGUCGUUUCUGGCUAUUGAAGACCUCAAUGUAGAUGCAGAUUUCCCAGACUAUUUUGAAGAGGUGCGGAACACUCUAGUUCAGGUGGAUGAGUACCAUUUGGUGCAUCAGAGACUGACCGCAGAGAUGGCAGACCACUCCAGCCUCAUACGAAACAUGUUGGUUCAAGCAGAAGAUGCACGUCUGAUGGGUGACAUGAAAACAAUGAAGAAGCGAUAUAUUGAGUUGUUCGACCUGAACAGAGACUUGCUAAACGGUUAUAAAAUUCGAUCCAACAACCACACUGCGCUCCUGAACUGCUUGAGAGCUGUGAAUCAGGCGAUACAGAGGGCAGGACGACUACGGGUUGGAAAACCAAAGAAUCAAGUGAUUACUGCAUGUAGGGACGCCAUCAAGAACAACAAUGUGAAUGCACUCUUCAAGAUAAUGCGCGCUGGCAUUCAGACCUCCUAGCUGCAAUCAUUUCGAUGACUGAGUGUGGAGAAGAAACCCAGGUUAAUGGCUGAGAGGAAUCCCAUUGCAAAGACGUGAUUCUGCAUCAAAUAAGAAUCUCUAAAAAAUAAUAAUAAUAAAACCAAUAGGGACUUGUUAGAUCAACAUUUCUAAAAUAGCUACAAGUAAUAUAGUUUUAAAAUAAAAUACAUUGUAUCCUCCAGUGUUUUUAGUAAGUACAUUUAAUUAAGAACAAAUCUCUUUUUCAGGUGGACAGAAGAGCUGUAUUGGUAAAGCCUUAGUGUACCAAUAAAUGUCGGGCUGCAUUGCAGUUACUGGCGAACUAAGACUUUAUGAAUACUACAAAUCUGUUCCAAAAUGUAUGUGAAUGUUUGCUGUAGCCAAAGAGAGCAUAUGUUUUCUAUUAAGCGAGAAUGGGUGGAAUUUAAAGAUUAUAGAGUGUGUUACACUCAUUUUAGCUUGGAAAAGAGCAAUUUGGUUUUGGAUCUGGUUUUCUACAUAAACAUUAUCCAUGAAAAGGUAAACCUGUUUUUUGUUCUUUUGUAAAUACUUUGUCAUACCUUUUUUUGUUAUGUGUAUCAAAAGCUAGCCUGCUUAUUAAUGGCGGUGCACAAAUGGCCUGAAUAUCCAGGUGCAUCCUUGACUUACAAUAACCUUGUCGGUGUUGUGUGAUUUGUAUUACAAUAACCUUGCCUGUGUUGUGUGGUUUGUAUUACAAUAACCUUGCCUGUGUUGUGCGGUUUGUAUUACAAUAACCUUGUCUGUGUUGUGUGAUUUUCCUAUGUCUUGUUUGUAAUAAUAAAUUAUUUUCUAUCACCGUU